AUGGUUCGCUUCAAGAACCGGUGGUUACUCGUCGAGUUCAUUCCCUGCUCGCGAUCCCCUGCUGCAGUGGUAGAACUAGAUGCCCCCAGCGUCACUUCUGGGGCUAGUGAGAUGAACAGCAAACAGAUCUGGUCUGCGCUGAAGCAGAGUAUCAUCAUUCAUUUCGGGGAUACAGGAUGGGGAGCAGUCGGUGCUUCCCUUAGCAUCAAAUACUUCUCCCCUCGAACGAAUGUUUGCAUCAUCCGCGUGGGUCGCGACCAGCACCGCAUCGCAUGGGCGGGUGUUACGCUACUUACAGCGAUAGAUGGACAGAGAUACGUGCCGAAUGUCAUACACGUUUCCGGAACCAUCAGACAUGCACAACUCGCUGCGAUCCGGCAUAACAGAGAAGUCAUCGCACGUUACAGGACGCGGGCAAAAACGCCAGCAGCAUACCAGGACUCGUAUGAGGAAUACCUACAGACAAGCACACAAGAAAUCGACGCCUUGCAAGACUGA